AUGACAAACAGCUUCGCGAGACAAAGCGGACCAAACCGGCCGUUCUUUCUCCAGGCCAGCAGCCCACAAGCACAGCGUCUCUCGUCGCUCAAGGAGCUGCAGGAAAACAUGGCGAACUUCGCACGUCCUGUGGCCUCCACAAUUACGGGGAUUGACUUUGGUGUCUACAAUAAUGCAGAUAUCAAAGCUAUCUCUGUAAAGCGAAUCCACAAUACUCCGACGUUGGAUACCUUCAACAAUCCUGUGCCUGGUGGAUUAUACGAUCCAGCUUUGGGUGCCUGGGGUGAUCAUGUCUGCACGACUUGUCGCUUGAACUCUUGGUCAUGUACUGGACAUCCGGGACAUAUCGAGCUUCCAGUUCAUGUUUACAAUGUUACGCAUUUUGAUCAGUUGUACCGUUUGCUUAGAGCGCAAUGUGCUUAUUGCCAUCGCUUUCAGUUGUCUCGAAUGCAAAUCAAUGCGUACACCUGCAAAUUGCGACUCUUGCAAUACGGCUUAGUCGACGAGGCGGCAGUGAUCGACUCAAUGAGCGAGAAAAAGGGAAGUCACAAAAAGAGCGGAAAAAAUGGCAACGAUUCUGGCAGCGAGGAUGACGACGAGGACGAAGAUGAUUUGAUUGCUCGCAGAAACAGUUUCGUUAAAAAGAGUAUUCGGGAAGCGCAAGCUGCGGGUAAACUGGUAGGCCUUAUGUCGGGCAUGAAGAACCCAAUUGCUGCAGAAGAGAGACGUACUUUGGUGAAAGAGUUCUUUAAAGAAGUCGUUGCGGUGAAGAAAUGUACAAACUGCAAAGGUGUUUCACCAGGUUUUCGAAGGGAUCGGUAUUCGAAAAUUUUCCGAAAACCUUUACCCGAGAAGGCAAGGCUUGCUAUGGUACAGGGCGGAUUCCAAGCACCGAAUUCCUUGGUUCUUGUUCAACAGGCCAAAAGAUUCAACGCCAAAGAGAAGAAGGCGCUUGCUGACGGAAUCUCUGAUAAUGUAAGUACCACAUCAGAGACCCAUGGGGCAGAGGAAGAAGUCGCACGUGGAAAUGCCGUUAUAGCAGAGGAAGAGAGAAAGAGGCAAGGUGCUGGUGACGGUGGGCAGUAUAUGCCCUCCCCGGAGGCCCAUGCCGCAAUUACUUUGCUUUUUGAGAAAGAAGGAGAGAUCUUGCAUCUCCUUUACAACUCUCGACCGAUAUCGAAGAAGGAAUCACAAGCUAGCGCAGAUAUGUUCUUUAUCAAGAGCAUCCUGGUCCCGCCAAACAAGUAUCGCCCGGCCGCUCCACAGGGACCGGGUGAGAUCAUGGAGGCACAGCAGAACCAACCUUUCACGCAAGUCUUGAAGAACUGCGACAUCAUCAAUCAGAUCAGCAAGGAAAGACAGGAAUCAGGCGCUAAUUCUCUGAAUCGUGUGCGGGACUAUCGCGAUCUACUUCAUGCCAUUGUUCAGCUGCAGGAUACUGUCAACGGCCUGAUUGAUCGCGAUAGAAGUGGAAUCUCGGGACCAGCGGCAGCUUCUGCCCCGAACGGUAUUAAGCAGAUUCUAGAAAAGAAGGAGGGAUUGUUCAGAAAGAACAUGAUGGGAAAGCGUGUCAACUUUGCUGCCCGAAGUGUCAUUUCUCCCGAUCCUAACAUCGAAACCAACGAGAUUGGAGUUCCGCUUGUUUUUGCGAAGAAGCUGACGUAUCCGGAGCCUGUCACGAACCAUAAUUUUUGGGAGUUGAAACAGGCAGUGAUCAAUGGCCCAGAUAAAUACCCGGGUGCUACUGCGAUCGAGAAUGAAAUGGGACAGAUCACGAACCUCAAAUUCAAGAGUCUUGAUGAGCGGACGGCGCUCGCUAACCAGCUGUUGGCACCCUCGAACUGGAGGAUGAAAGGAGCGCGCAAUAAAAAGGUCUAUCGCCAUCUGACGACUGGAGAUGUUGUUCUGAUGAACCGUCAACCCACGCUCCACAAACCUUCUAUCAUGGGUCAUAGAGCUCGCGUUCUACCUAAUGAGAAAGUUAUUCGCAUGCACUACGCCAACUGCAACACGUACAACGCUGAUUUCGACGGCGAUGAAAUGAACAUGCAUUUCCCCCAAAACGAACUUGCCCGGUCAGAGGCCAUGAUGCUUGCAGAUGCAGACCACCAAUAUCUUGUCGCGACAUCGGGUAAACCACUUAGAGGUUUGAUUCAGGAUCACAUCUCAAUGGGAACGUGGUUUACAUGCCGCGACAGCUUCUUCGAUGAGGAUGAUUAUCAUCAGCUUUUGUAUAACUGCCUGAGACCGGAAAAUUCCCAUACUAUCUCGGAGAGGAUUCAGGUAGUAGGCCCGGCGGUGCUUCGACCGAAGUGCUUAUGGACAGGAAAGCAAAUAAUUACAACAAUUAUGAAAAAUAUCAUGCCACCAGGAAGAGCUGGUCUAAAUAUGAAGAGCAAGUCAUCGACUCCCGGAGACCGGUGGGGUGAGGGCAGUGAAGAAGGGAAUGUUAUCUUCAAAGAUGGCGAGAUGCUAUGUGGUAUCCUUGACAAGAAACAGAUGGGACCUACUGCUGGUGGUCUUAUUGAUUCUAUUCAUGAGAUCUACGGACAUACCAUUGCUGGAAGAUUAAUUGGUAUUCUUGGACGACUCUUGAACAGAUUCCUGAACAUGCGUGCAUUUACUUGCGGUAUCGACGACCUUCGUUUGACUAAGGAGGGUGAUCGCGUUCGUAAAGAGGUUCUUAGCAAGGCCGCCGGUAUUGGUCGUGAGGUUGCUCUUAAAUAUGUGACUCUGGACAAUACCAUCGUACCCGACCAGGACACUGAACUGCGGCGGCGCUUGGAAGACGUGCUUAGGGAUGAUGAGAAGCAAGCGGGUUUGGAUAGUGUUUCGAACGCCCGAACAGCAACUCUGUCAACUGAGAUCACAAAGGCAUGUCUUCCGGGAGGAUUGGUCAAACCUUUCCCAUUUAAUCAAAUGCAGUCGAUGACAAUUUCUGGUGCUAAAGGUUCAGGCGUUAACGCAAACCUGAUUUCUUGCAACCUAGGUCAACAGGUUUUGGAAGGCCGACGUGUACCUGUUAUGAUUAGUGGCAAGACCCUGCCAUCUUUUAGAGCUUUCGACACGAAUCCUAUGGCUGGUGGCUAUGUUUGCGGUCGUUUCUUGACCGGUAUUAAACCACAGGAAUACUACUUCCACGCCAUGGCUGGUCGUGAAGGUCUUAUUGAUACAGCUGUGAAGACGUCCAGAUCUGGCUACUUGCAGCGUUGUUUGAUUAAGGGCAUGGAAGGCUUGAGAGCUGAGUAUGACACUUCAGUUCGAGAAGCUUCUGACGGGUCUAUUAUCCAAUUUCUUUAUGGAGAAGAUGGCCUGGACAUCACAAAACAGGUCCAUCUUAAAGAUUUUGAUUUCCUGGCCUCAAACUACAAGUCCAUUAUGGCUCAAGUAAAUUUGACAAGCGACUUCCGCAGUUUGGAGAAGGAAGAGGUUACCAGCUGGCAUAAGGAAGCCAUGAAAAAGGUGCGCAAGACUGGCAAGCUUGAUGCUAUGGACCCGGUAAUAUCGCGCUAUCCCCCUGGUGGAAAUCUGGGUAGUACUUCGGAGCACUUCUCACAGGCGCUUAAGAAGUAUGAGGAUACCAAUCCGGAUAAACUCUUGAAAGACAAGAAGAAAGAAAUCGAGGGUGUUAUCAGCAAGAAGGCAUUUAAUACCUUGAUGAGCAUGAAGUAUAUGAAAUCCGUUGUCGACCCUGGCGAAGCAGUUGGAAUUGUUGCUGGCCAGUCGAUUGGAGAACCAUCUACUCAGAUGACUUUGAACACUUUCCAUUUGGCUGGACACUCGGCCAAGAACGUGACCCUGGGUAUUCCUCGACUGCGUGAAAUUGUGAUGACGGCUAGCGCCAAUAUUAUGACCCCGACGAUGACCUUGAUUCUGAACGAGGAACUGUCCAAGGAGCAUUCUGAACGAUUCGCCAAGGCAAUUAGCAAGCUCAGCCUUGCGGAAGUCAUUGACAAGGUCCAGGUCCAAGAGAGAAUAUCUUCCGGUAGUACGAAGGCGAAGGUAUACAAUAUUGAAAUUACAUUCUUCCCGCCCGAGGAGUACACUGCAGAGUAUGCGAUUAACACCAAGGACAUACAAAACACAUUGCAGACCAAAUUCAUCCCGAAGCUUGUUAAGCUUACUAAAGCGGAGCUUAGGAAAAGGGUUGACGAAAAGACAUUGAAGAACUAUUCUACUGCCCAGCCUGAAAUUGGUGUCUCUGUUGGCACUGUCCAGGAAGCCCCUCGUGGAGCCGACAAUGCUGAUGAAGAUCAAGCUGAUGAUGACGACGAGGAUGAAGAUGAUGCCAAACGCGCGCUGGGUGCCCAAAAUCGCUCAAACCAGGUCUCUUACGAGGGUCCCGAGGAGGAGGAGACUGAAAUGGUCCGACAGUUAGACGCCUCCGAUGAUAGCGAUGACGAAGACGGCAAUGCAGGCCAGAAGCGAACGCGUGAUAUUGAAAUGGGUGAUGCUUCUGAUGAAGAAGAUGAAGGAGCGAAAGAUAGCAAGUUGCGGGAAGAUGAUGUAAAGGGCCGGUAUGCUGAAGUUACCAAAUUCAACUUCAACCCUAGCAAGGGAGCUUCGUGUACCAUUCAGCUACAGUACGACAUCUCGACUCCCAAGCUCCUUAUCCUGCCUCUGGUCGAAGACGCCGCUCGCAGCGCAGUCAUUCAAUCUAUCCCUGGCCUUGGCAACUGCACGUUUGUGGAAGCGGACAAGGUCAAGGGCGAUCCUGCAUGUGUUAUUACCGACGGUGUCAACUUGCUUGCCAUGCGUGACUACCAGGACAUUAUCAAGCCUCAUUCUCUCUACACCAACUCGAUCUACCACAUGCUUGCCCUCUAUGGUGUGGAAGCUGCUCGCGCGACCAUCGUCCGAGAAAUGUCCGACGUCUUUGAGGGUCAUAGCAUUUCCGUCGACAAUCGCCAUCUUAAUCUAAUUGGUGACGUGAUGACCCAGUCUGGUGGCUUCAGGGGCUUUAACCGCAACGGUCUGGUCAAGGAUAGCUCAUCGCCUUUGGCCAAGAUGAGUUUCGAAACGACUGUCGGCUACCUCCGGGAAGCUGUGAUUGAGAGGGACUUCGAUAAUCUGAAGAGUCCUAGUAGCAGAAUUGUCGCUGGUCGUGCUGGAACCGUUGGAACCGGUGCUUUCGAUGUUCUCGCCCCCGUGGCAUAG